AAUGUUUUUUCAUACAGAAUUUUUUUUUUCUAGUUUUGUUCUAUGAUAUUUAUCCUCUACUCCUCUCAUGAAAGCUGGACAAACCCCAAGGCCACGAGUCUUCCAGCUAUUUUCCUUUUUUCGAUUAAAAAAAGUAAUACUAAUAAGACUUUUGGUUCUUCCCCCAAAAGAUCGAUCAUAGAGAUCGAAAUUGGCGCUCCUUUUCUAUUAUCUCUGUCUCUCUCUCUCUGCUUUUACCAAAUUCGAACAACAGAGCUCGUAUUUUUGUUCUUUCCAAAACAAGAUCAGAACAUAUUGACUGUGUCAGUGAGACAUGUCGUCGAUGCGAAGAAGAACUUUGCUCAAAGUUAUUGUUCUUGGAGACAGCGGGGUUGGCAAAACAUCGUUGAUGAAUCAAUAUGUGAAUAACAAGUUUAGUCAACAGUACAAAGCUACGAUCGGAGCUGAUUUUGUCACUAAGGAGCUCCAAGUAGAUGACAGGCUUGUCACAUUGCAAAUAUGGGACACUGCUGGGCAAGAGAGGUUUCAGAGUCUUGGUGUUGCUUUCUAUAGAGGUGCAGAUUGUUGUGUUCUUGUCUAUGAUGUUAAUUACUUGAAGUCGUUUGAUUCUCUCGAUAAUUGGCACGACGAGUUUCUUAAACAGGCUAGUCCACGUGAUCCAAAUGCAUUCCCUUUCAUACUUGUUGGUAAUAAGGUUGAUAUUGAUGGAGGAAACAGCCGAGUGGUAUCUGAGAAGAAAGCUAGAGAAUGGUGUGCUGAAAAGGGAAACAUAGUCUAUUUCGAGACAUCGGCUAAAGAAGAUUACAAUGUUGAUGAGUCUUUCUUGUGCAUCACAAAACUUGCCCUCGCUAAUGAACGCGACCAAGAUAUAUAUUUCCAGGGGAUUCCAGAGACUGGUUCGGAGCCUGAGCAAAGAGGAGGUUGUGCUUGCUAGAGCUAAAGAAACAAAACAACUCGUUGCUCCUCUCUUGAUCUGUGCAUUUCAGUUGCUUUAUCUGUUGUUGUUGUUGUUGUUGUUGUGUCUGAAAUUUUGAUGAUGAGACGACCAAAAACAAAACUCAAUUCGAGUCUCUCUCUCUAAGUAAGGUUUUUGGUUACUGCUGUGCUGGUUCAUCAUCAUCUUUGAUAUUUUUGUGAGUAUUUUGUAUGUAAUAAAUUAUUUUGUACUCUUUUGUUAUGCAAAUCGAAAACCUUAUGAGUCCGGUUCAACCGUAA